CCUAACUCACCCGCUCCCCGUUCGUCCCCGUUCUAAGGUAACCCCAGCCAGAAGAGAGGACCAACGAUGGCGUCUUCCCUCACCGUAACUAGGCUGCCCGUAACUCCGUCGCCUUCUCCGGCGACCCCGACCAAAUCCUCCCGGCACCCACCACGCCGAAUUCCAGCAGGAAUUGGAGUGGGGCCCCGGAGACGGCUGUCCAUCAAGACGAGGACGGCUAUCAGGGCCUCGGACUCGGGCGCCGCCGCCUCCUCCAGUCCUUCUCCUGGACUUUACUCCGCCCAGAAGUUCGAGCUCACAGUCCAGAACGUCGACCUGGUUCUCGAGGACGUGAGGCCGUAUCUGAUUGCCGACGGCGGGAACGUCGACGUCGUGUCGGUUGAGGACGGCAUCGUCUCACUCCAGCUUCAGGGGGCAUGCGGGAGCUGUCCCAGUUCGACUACUACAAUGCAGAUGGGAAUCGAAAGGGUUCUGAAAGAGAAGUUCGCGGACGCAAUCAAAGACAUUAGGCAGGUGUAUGAUGAGGAAGUUAACGAGACCACUGCUGAGGCAGUGAAUCGCCACCUCGACAUACUGAGGCCGGCUAUUAAGAACUAUGGUGGGUCAGUCGAAGUAUUAUCGGUUGAAGGCGUGGAGUGCCUCGUCAAGUAUGUGGGACCUGAGUCCAUUGGAUCGGGAAUCAAAGCAGCAAUUAAGGAGAAGUUCCCAGAUAUCACCAACGUUGUCCUCACGGACUAGCUUGUCCAUGAGAAGGUUGGUGUAUGCAUAGAUUUUUCGAUAUCCGAAGUUUUAUGUCUCUCACGGUGAUGAUAGUUUAAUAUUUGUCCUUUGAAAAGGAAGCAUCUAAAAAUAUCAUCAAAACCUGUAUUGAUCAAAAUAAAGUGCUUACCUUUCCAUAUUUCUUUGUCAUUCUUACUUCCUGAAAGAUCUCAGGAUAAGUUUUUAUCUUUGAGUCGUGCUAGGCACUUUGUGAAAGGUAGAAGCAUAAAUUAUAGCAACGACAUGGAGGGCAAAGCUUGUAAAAUACGCUCUUAACUAAGUUUUAGUACAAGAUUUCGACCCAAUAGGAA